AUGUUAAGGAAUCUUAGAUUAUUAAAGACCUUGAACUAUUCUACAGGUUUCUUAAGUACUAAGUUGAACAUGUCAUCAGCUUGUAUAGUGGUUAUAGGAAGUGAAGUUCUAAACGGUAAAAUAACAGAUACAAACAGUGCGUACUUCGCAAAGUUCUGCUUCAAUCUGGGUAUUGCAUUGAAGGAGAUUGUUACUGUUCGUGAUCAUAGAGAGGAUAUUAUUGAAGCUGUUAAUAGGGUUGCUAAUAAAUAUGAUUUUGUGGUGACCUCUGGUGGUAUUGGACCUACUCAUGAUGAUAUAACCUAUGAAUGUGUAGCUAAGAGUUUUGGAUUGGAUACAGAAAUCAAUAAUGAAGUUAAAGAACGCAUGAAACGGUUUUCAAAUCCGGAGGGGAGGUUUACUGAGAGGGCAUUAAAGGACUAUUACCGUAUGGCGACCUUACCGACUGGAAAUGGAGUCAAAAAUCAUUAUGUCCUUGAUGAUAUGUGGGUGCCUGUUUGCUCGAUAAAUGGGAAGGUUUACAUUCUUCCUGGGGUUCCACAACUCUUUGAAAGGUUGUUAGAGGCCAUGGUUCCAAUUCUGAAAGAAAACUACAAGAAGAAGCUUGAACCAUCUCGGUCGUUUAAGCGGUACUUCGUUAAGACGACCCGUAGUGAGGCUGAGAUAGCCUCGAUACUUCGGGAGUUGCAGGAUCGGGCGAUAGAAGUGUCUCCAGAUAUUGAGAUCGGCUCCUACCCUCACUUUGGAAUGGGUUUUAAUACUGUGAGUGUAUGUGGAAACGCCGAUUACGAUGAUUAUUUAAAGAUGCUAGCAAGCCAAGUCGCCAAGAGCACCGGUGGGGUUGAGAUAACCGAAGAUGAAGAGAAUGCGUACACUCAAAAGCGACAAUAA